UGUAAGAAGCAUACAGCGUGCAUCCCCAAUCUUGUCUGACUGUGUUGCAGGCUUAAUAAACAGGAAGGUUAGAAAUCACCGGUUUAAUCCACAGCUAUCACUUGAAAAAUAGCUAGCUCAGCGCUGAAGUUCCCUCCCGUGCUAGGACUGGGGGAAAUGGAUAUGUUUUGUAGUGCUUAGAGGAUGCAGCCUGCCACAGGGUAAGUCGGAGGCGGCUGGUGCUGCUCCGCGGCCACGGCCUCCCUGGGAGCCGCUGCCUGACGCCCAGCCCCAGCCCGGCCGCCGAGGCUCGGCUCCCUCCACCAGGCAGCGCGGCACGCGUGACAGCCUGGCCGGCGUUUAGUGGUGUCAACUUAUUAAUUUCCAUCUUCGACUUCAGGCCUGUUAGUUUCCUGUCUGAAAGCAUUAUUACUUUUGUCCAUGUGGCAAAAUAAUUAGCAUACAGAUGAGCAGCGGCCGGGCGUCUGAGCGCCGGUGGAGGAAGAUGUGCAGUGCAGAGUUGAUUGGAUGAAUGCGGAACAAACGAGACGCUCACGCGGAGGCCGAGGACAAGGUGCACGCAGCAGCCGUCUGGACACCUGUGCGACCUGCGCCGAUGUCUGAGGAGUCGUCGAGUGUGAAAAUGAACCCAAGGGAGACUUGGUGAAGUCACGUCGAGGGGCAUCUCCAACCCUGACCUCCUGAGGAAGCAGAUCGGAUCCAAGGAGCACCCCGGGCGACCGGCUGCAGAGUGACGACACCUGCAAGGGGGGAAAAUGUAGUUACCGAACCCAAUCAGCUGUUUGUGUCUCUGAAAUUAUCUACAACAUCUGGUCAAGAAAGGUUCUGGUCGGACCCACAGACAUAUGGCUGUCCAAGGAACCACAUAAAGAUGGAGAAAUGGAGGCACAGGGCAAUUAAGUAACUUCGCCUCAGUCCCACGCUGGGGAGGGCCAGGAAGAGAACAUAGAGGGACCCUGACUCCGGGCCCGUGUCCUGCCCACGGAGCCACGCUGCCUCCCUUCCUAGGAGAGAAGACGCCCCACAAGAUGGAGGUGGACGCCGAGGAGAAGCGUCAUCGCACACGGUCCAAAGGGGUUCGAGUUCCCGCGGAACCAGCCGUACAAGAGCUCUUCAGCUGUCCCACACCUGGCUGUGAUGGCAGUGGUCACGUCAGUGGCAAAUACGCAAGACACAGAAGCGUAUACGGCUGCCCCUUGGCUAAAAAAAGAAAAACGCAGGAUAAGCAGCCCCAAGAACCUGCUCCCAAGCGAAAGCCGUUCGCCGUGAAAGCCGACAGCUCCUCGGUGGACGAGUGCUACGAGAGCGAGGGGUCGGAGGACGCGGACGAGGAGGAGGAGCUCUCGGAGGACGAGGACGAGCACCGGGAGGAGGACGAGGAGGACGAGGACGGGGACCGGGAGGACGAGGAGGAGCUCGAGGAGGAGGAGGACGAGGACGACGAGGACGGGGAGGACGGAGAGGACGAGGAGGAGGACGAGGAGGAGGACGAGGAGGAGGACGAGGACGACAACGAGGACCACCCAAUGAGCUGCCACAACCCUCGCAUAGCGCAGGACGCGGAGCAGGACGACAACAACAACGAGGAGUACGACAAUUACGACGAGCUGGUGGCCAAGUCCCUGCUGAACCUCGGCAAGAUCGCCGAGGACGCGGCCUACCGCGCCAGGACGGAGUCGGAGAUGAACAGCAGCACCUCCACCAGCCUGGAGGACGGCAGCGACCGGAACGAGACCCUGGGCCGGAAGAGCGAGCUGAGCCUGGACCUGGACAGCGACGUGGUCAGGGAGACCGUGGACUCGCUGAAGCUGCUGGCCCAGGGCCACGGGGUGGUGCUCUCGGAGAGCCUCGGCGACCGAGCGUACGCAGACUCCCUGUCGCAGCAGGAGGGCAGGAACAUGAGCUACAUGAUGCUGGGCAAGCCCGUCAACAACGGGCUCGUGGACAAGGUGGUGGAGGAGAGUGACGAGGAGGUGUGUCUGAGCAGCCUGGAGUGUCUCAGGAACCAGUGCUUCGACCUGGCGCGGAAGCUGAGCGAGACGAACCCGCAGGACCGGGCCCAGCCGCAGAACAUGAACGUCCGCCAGCACGUCCGGCAAGAGGACGACUUCGCGGGCAGGACGCCGGACAGGAACUACUCCGACAUGAUGAACCUGAUGCGGCUCGAGGAGCAGCUGAGCCCCAGGUCUAGAACUUUCUCCAGCUGUGCAAAGGAGGACGGGUACCACGAACGAGACGACGACACCACCUCCGUGAACUCAGACAGGUCCGAGGAGGUGUUUGACAUGACCAAGGGAAACCUGACCCUCUUGGAGAAGGCCAUCGCCUUGGAAACAGAGAGAGCGAAGGCCAUGAGGGACAAGAUGGCGACGGAGGCCGGAAGGCGGGACAGUGUGCGGCCGUACGAGGAGCAGUCGCCAAGACCGCUUCCCGGGGAAGAGAGGAAGCCCAAGUCCGGGGACAGCCAUGUCAAAAAGCCAUACUAUGGUAAAGAUCCCUCGAGAGCAGAAAAGAAAGAGAGCAAGUGUCCCACCCCGGGGUGUGACGGAACCGGCCACGUAACCGGGCUGUACCCACAUCACCGCAGUCUGUCCGGAUGCCCGCACAAAGAUAGGGUCCCUCCGGAAAUUCUUGCCAUGCAUGAGAAUGUUCUCAAGUGCCCCACUCCGGGCUGCACGGGGCGAGGGCAUGUAAAUAGCAACAGGAACUCGCACAGAAGCCUCUCCGGAUGCCCCAUUGCUGCCGCAGAGAAACUGGCAAAGGCCCAGGAAAAACACCAGAGCUGUGACGUGUCCAAGUCCAACCAGGCCUCAGACCGAGUGCUAAGGCCCAUGUGCUUCGUCAAGCAGCUGGAGAUCCCUCACUACGGCUACAGGAACAGCGUGCCCACGGCCACGCCCCGCUCCAACCUCGCCAAAGAGCUGGAGAAAUAUUCCAAGACCUCGUUUGAGUACAACACUUACGACAGCCAUACUUACGGCAAGCGGGCCAUAGCUCCCAAGGUGCAAACCAGGGAUAUAUCCCCCAAAGGAUAUGAUGCAAAGCGCUACUGCAAGAAUGCCAGCCCCAGCAGCAGCACCACCAGCAGCUACGCGCCCAGCAGCAGCAGCAACAUGAGCUGCGGCGGCGGCAGCAGCGCCAGCAGCACGUGCAGCAAGAGCAGCUUCGACUUCGCCCACGACAUGGAGGCCGCGCACAUGGCGGCCACGGCCAUCCUCAACCUGUCCACGCGCUGCCGCGAGAUGCCGCAGAACCUGUCCACCAAGCCGCAGGACCUGUGCACCGCGCGGAACCCUGACAUGGAGGUGGACGAGAAUGGGACUCUGGACCUCAGCAUGAACAAGCCGCGGCCACGGGAGAGCUGCUGCCCGGUCCUGACGCCCCUGGAGCCCAUGUCCCCCCAACAGCAGGCGGUGAUGGGCGGCCGGUGCUUCCAGCUGGGCGAGGACGAGUGCUGGGAGCUGCCUGUGGACUACACCAAGAUGAAGCCGCGCAGGACAGACGGCGGCGACACUGCCGAGGUCCCCCCGGAAGACUUGGACCCAUUCCAGGAGGCUCUGGAGGAGAGAAGGUACCCGGGAGAGGUGACCAUCCCCAGCCCCAAGCCCAAGUACCCCCAGUGCAAGGACAGCAAGAAGGACUUGAUAACAUGUCCAACACCAAGGUGUGAUGGGAGUGGUCAUGUGACUGGUAAUUACGCCUCACAUAGAAGUCUGUCGGGCUGUCCCCUCGCCGACAGAAGUAUCCGGAGCAUGCUGGCCACCAGCUCUCAAGAACUCAAGUGCCCCACCCCUGGCUGCGACGGCUCCGGGCACAUCACCGGGAACUACGCCUCCCACCGGAGUCUUUCAGGUUGCCCGAGAGCAAAGAAAAGUGGCAUCAGGAUAGCACAGAGCAAGGAAGACAAAGAGGACCAGGAGCCCAUCAGGUGUCCCGUUCCCGGGUGUGACGGCCAGGGCCACAUAACCGGGAAGUACGCCUCCCAUCGCAGCGCGUCGGGGUGCCCCUUGGCGGCCAAGAGGCAGAAGGACGGAUACCUCAAUGGCUCGCAGUUCUCCUGGAAGUCGGUCAAGACGGAGGGCAUGUCCUGCCCCACGCCGGGCUGUGACGGGUCAGGGCACGUCAGCGGUAGCUUCCUCACCCACCGGAGUUUCCUUACAGUUCAUCACAAGUGGGGAGACGGCCUUUUUCCGAAUGUCUGUUUUGCCCGAUACUUGCCAAGGGAAUUGCAUUAACAUGAGUGCUUCCCCGGGGGCUCCUCGCCAUCGACCAUCUCAGUGCUCUGGGGAGCACCUGCAUUUCCUUCCCAUCCUCCCCAGGUAGUCCCAGGGCACCGCAGCCCCUGUUGCAAGGGACGCUGGGAGAUGUAGUCUUCCCAAGGGAUGCUGGGAGAUGUGAUCCACCUUUGGGAUGUGGGGGAGAUGGUCUUGGAGAGCCCAAGAAGAAGAAAGCUGGAGGCUGUCCUGCCGCCGUCGGAUGCUGAGACGCCCUGGUUUCUUACAGACACAGACAUAAUCAUGGAACCACAGCACCCUGAGAUCUGUGUGGUCCGGAUGUUAGAUCAGACAACCGAUGCCAGGAAGGCAAGAUGCUCUUCCCUGGGCGCACGGCCCACAGAGAGGAAAGUUGUCCGGUGGGCGGCAUGCAUGGACCCCUGUGUCCACUGGAGGACCCAGCCUGGGCCACACGCUGUACAGUGGCUUGGGAAGGCAUCAGGCAGAGCGCUGGGCUCCCUGUGGACCUCCAGGAGGUGUCAUCGACUCUUCUCCACUGGGGGCUCACAGCCUGCGGGCGCCCUGCGGCCCCAGGGAGGAGGAUCGUGCUCUCUCCAGAGUCACCCACACGCCUUGCGCUCCUCCGACUGCCUCCUGCCACGGCCAUCACGGACCCUCACGGACCCUCGGGGCGGACAUGCCCGGACCUGUGGCCGCACGCCGCGCGAGGCUGGGAGCCGUGAGUGCCGUCCCUGCCGCGGAGGUCCCUGCGUCCACGCACCCGUCUCAGCCUAGUCACCUGCAGAGGCCACUUUCCAAAUGGGGUCCUUGUUGCAGGCACUGGGGGCCGGAACAUCAGCGCGUCUUCUCGGGGGGACGACUGACCCACGGCAAUGACAGAGGCUGGACUUAGCUCACAAGCAGCAGAAGAGACAAAAGCAAAACUGAUUCCUCUCUGUUAGGACGAGCUUCCUAGGCACAAAACCCAAAUGGGCUCAACAAGGUUCCAGUUCCUUGUCAGGUAAACGCAGAUGGUGCCGGGCUGUGCGGCGCCUGUGACCGUGGAUCCUAGCCCGUCAUACUGCCUGCCGGCAGACACUUAACUCUGCCUCUCGGGGCUUCUGUCACUGAUGAGGGGCUGGGCACCGCUGUCCGUCGGCCGCCCACGUGGAUGUUCCCUCUGACCCCUUUACCAAGAGCCCAGGCCCUUGGCCACCCAGGUCGCUCCAGGCCGGGUCAUCCCUGAGGAGGAAGAGCCGCCGGGCUCCCUGCAACCCUGACCCACAGAAGGGGAGAGAGGAGCCAUCGAUGCAGACUCUGGGCAUACGACCCUGUGCCCGAUGGUGGCAGCCGUCUCUCUAGGACUCCUGGGCCACAGCCCAAAAACACAUUCAUCUCCACUGACCUCAAAAUGCCACCGAAAUGGCCUGCUCUCCUUUUAUAAACCCAUGAAAUAAAAAUAAUAAAAAUGUAGAAAGCAAAGGGAGUUCCGCCCCUUGCAUGGAGUCCCGGGAGCCGAGGUGCUGGGGGGUGAGGUCGAGGGUCCGGCUCUGAGGGGACACGUGAAGGCAGCUGCCCGGACGGACGCCGGGGAGGGGUGGGGGUGGAACCCAGGCGUGAGCACGCGGGGCGGCGCACGGGCCCCAGGACCCUGCAGCGGGACUCCGCGCAGCCUUGGGAACGGCAGGAGGCGGAAACCUCCGUGAGAAGAGCUUCAGACGCCUCGUGCCCCUGCACCCGGCGGAAGGGGCGCUCCGCACCGGGGACCCCGCUGUGUGGGAGGCAGGAAUGCCCCCUGCGGGGCGAGGCCCUCCACCUCCGGCUCCCAAGCUGCUGUGGGCACAGCCUCAGCCCAUGUGUGUCCCCUCUGACCUCCAGACAGGAGGGGAACCCCUCCUCCUCCCCUCAAAACCUGCAGCCCAGGACAGGCCUCAGUGGGUGAUACUCGGGAGAUGGGAAUGAGCAGCCCAGGAUGACCCCACAUGAGGAAGCCCUAAGUUACACUGGCAGAAAGCAAAGCAGACUUUAACAAAGAAAAGGACUGAGAAAUCACAUUUCAGGAAAAAGAAUGUUUUAAUUUGUCGGCAGAUAGAAAGGAGCACAAGCCGAGUAAUAGGACAGACUCCUCGCAGCCUAAGAGAAAUCGAAGGAACACGCACUCUUCAAAACAAAGACAAAUGAGAUAAAAAGUUCAGUUGGGAGGUUAGAGGAUAAAGUUGAGGAAAUCGCUCUUAAAUUAUAAAACGAGAAAAGAAGACAGUUUUUAAAACCUAGAGAAGGAUCCCUGGGGCUUGCUAGCCUAACGGGCUAACAGCAGUCUCCAGCAGGUGCGAGAAGAGAGAAUGGCGUCCGCUCGCACAGAGAGAGCAGGAGAAGCAGCCCCGGGCGCAGGACACUGUCCCCAGGCCGUCCUGCAGGUUGACCUGCCCUCCGGGGAGUCCCUCCUGCCUGAUGACCCUGCUGCCGGGUAUCCCUCCCGCUGGUUCUGGACCGGGGAAUUGAAACCCCCCAGUGCCGGGAAGCAGGGGCUUGGCGCCUGUGACAUUGGCAUCUGACCACGCACGCCACACCUGUCCCAUAAGCGGGCUUGCAGGAGCAGGUGGGACCGUAACUCAGGGCCAGCAGAUGUCUGCGCUACAGGCCCUGUGGCACCAACCAGAUCUGCUCUCUUGCAAGUGAGACGUGAGCCGCCGACACCACCGUACCCAGUCAGUCUGAGGCCUGCGCCUCGAGAUGUCCCCCCCAGCCUCCCCAGGUGGCCAGCAGCUGUCAGCUUGCUCGCAAGCCCAGGGGCCCUCCCGUGGACAAACCCUGCCCCCACACCUUUACAACCACGCCUCCUGGAAACCUUCCCUUAUUUCGCUCUCUCCAGCUGGAAGACUCUCCUGAAGGACGUCCUGUGGGCCCGGUCC